AUGGGCGAGUGUCCAGUUCACAAUACCCUGCGGACGGCCAACAUCGGCGGCGGUGGCACCAAGAACACUGACUGGUGGCCAAAUAGACUGCAGUUGGGCAUUCUGCGUCAACACACCGGCGUGUCUAACCCGCUGAACCAAGACUUUGACUACGCGGCUGCCUUCAAGAGCUUGGACUACAAUGCUCUCAAGAAAGAUUUACAUGCUCUGAUGACAGAUUCACAGGACUGGUGGCCAGCUGAUUUUGGUCACUAUGGUGGUCUGUUUAUCCGAAUGGCCUGGCACAGCGCUGGAACGUAUCGUGUCUUUGAUGGCCGUGGCGGCGGUGGUCAGGGCCAGCAGCGCUUCGCCCCUUUGAACAGCUGGCCUGACAAUGUCAGUCUUGACAAGGCACGGCGCCUGCUCUGGCCCAUCAAACAAAAGUACGGCAACAAGAUCUCUUGGGCUGACCUGAUGCUGCUCACCGGCAACGUCGCCCUCGAAUCAAUGGGUGUCAAGACCUUUGGCUUCGCUGGUGGUCGUGCGGAUACCUGGGAGGCUGACGAGUCGGUGUACUGGGGCGGUGAGACCACCUGGCUCGGCAACGAUGUUCGCUAUUCAGAGGGCCACGAAGGUCUUCCCAAGGGAACGGGCGUGGUGGAUUCCGACCAGCACAAGAAAGAGCACUCCGACAUCCAUACCCGUGACCUGGAGGAGCCGCUGGCAUCUGCCCACAUGGGUUUGAUCUACGUCAACCCUGAAGGGCCUGACGGAAUUCCCGACCCUGUCGCCGCCGCAAGAGAUAUCCGCACCACAUUUGGUCGCAUGGCCAUGAACGACGAGGAAACCGUUGCUCUGAUUGCCGGUGGUCACACCUUUGGCAAGACACACGGUGCUGCCCCGUCUGACAAUGUCGGCCCCGAACCAGAAGCCGCUCCUUUCGAGCAACAGGGUCUCGGCUGGCAGAACAAGCACGGCUCUGGCAAGGGCCCAGAUACCAUCACCAGUGGUAUUGAAGUGAUCUGGAGCAAGACCCCGACGAAGUGGAGUCUUAAUUAUCUCGAAUACCUCUUCAAGUACGAAUGGGAGUUGGUCAAGAGUCCUGCUGGGGCGAACCAAUGGGUGGCGAAGGAUGCUGGAGAUAUCAUUCCCGAUGCCUACGACCCCAACAAGAAGCACCCACCCACCAUGAUGACGACGGAUCUUUCGCUCCGCCUUGAUCCUUCCUACUCAAAGAUUGCGAAACACUACCUCGCGCAUCCCGACGAGUUCCACGAUGCAUUCUCGCGAGCGUGGUUCAAGCUGUUGCACCGCGACAUGGGCCCACGAUCUCGCUGGCUCGGCCCGGAACUGCCAGCCGAAGAAUUGAUCUGGGAGGAUCCAAUCCCAUCUGUGAACCAUCCACUCGUUGACGACAAGGACGUUGCUGCGCUGAAGAAAGAGAUUCUGGCAACUGGGCUGGAUCCUGCCAAGUUCGUCAGGACCGCAUGGGCUGCUGCUUCCACCUUCCGCGGCAGUGACAAGCGCGGCGGCGCCAACGGUGCGCGCAUCCGUCUUGCCCCUCAGAAGGACUGGGAGGUGAACAAUCCACAGCAAUUGAGUCAAGUGCUGAGCACGUUGGAAGGUGUGCAGAAGAAAUUCAACGAAGCCCAGACUGGUGGCAAGAAGGUCUCCCUGGCUGAUCUCAUCGUGUUGGCCGGAACUGCUGCCGUGGAGAAGGCUGCUGGUGUUCCCGUUCCCUUCACACCGGGCCGCAUGGAUGCCACGCCAGAACAAACCGAUGCCCAGUCGUUCGAACACCUGAAGCCCCAUGCUGAUGGUUUCCGUAACUACGGCAAAUCGACGCACCGGGUUCGCACCGAACAGUUCCUCGUCGACAAAGCACAUCUGUUGACACUCUCGCCCCCUGAGAUGACGGCCCUCGUCGGUGGCCUGCGUGCUCUCAAUGCCAACUACGAUGGAUCCUCCCUGGGUGUCUUUACUAAGCGUCCAGGUCAGCUCACCAACGACUUCUUUGUCAACCUUCUGGACAUCAACACCUCCUGGAAGGCAACGGAUGCGGAGAAGGAACUCUACGAGGGCACCGAUCGCAAGACCGGCGAGAAGAAGUGGACUGGUACCCGUGCCGAUCUAGUGUUUGGCGCGCAUGCCGAGUUGCGGGCUAUUGCUGAGGUCUAUGGCAGUGUCGACGGCCAGGAGAAGUUUGUGAAUGACUUCAUUGCAGCCUGGGACAAGGUCAUGAACCUGGACCGUUUUGAAAUCAGCCCCGCAGCCGACCCGGCCAAAGCGCGACUUUGA